AGUAAGAAAAAGACCACGUCUGAUCCAGUGAUUGUGCCGAGGAGUGCAAAGAUGAGUCGAUAUUUCACGAGAUUGAAAAUGAGACGAGUUUACCGUUGGGCAGCAAGACCCUAUGCAGUCGACAGGAAAUUGAAGACAUGUUACUAUGACGCUUUGUACUUAAAUAUGGACGGCAAACCUGAAGACCUUCUAAUUAAAACCGGUCAGUACAUCUUGAUUGAAGGAGAAGAUGAUGACAACCCGUACGUUGCUAAGGUCCUCAAGUUUUUUGAUGACGAAACGGGCAAGAACAAACGGGCCACGGUGCAGUGGUUUGUGCGCUGCUGUGAGGUACCCCACAACAAAAGGAAGCUGCUGGGUAGGAAGCCCCACCCCCAGGAGAUCUUCCUGUACCAGGACCGUUCUUGUGACACCGAGAUUAGCGCGGAGACCAUCAUUAACACAGUGCAGGUGAAACAUUUGCCCAUGGAUGCUGCUUUCCCCGAGACUGAGAACGGGGACACACUGUAUGUCAAACUGAGCUGGGACAGGAAAGCCUUCAAGGUUUGGAACGGCGAGCUGCUUCUGCAGGACGGCGUGGUGUCCCAGGUUCCUGCUGCGGCAGCACCCGCCCCCCGUGCCCUGCCCACCCCUGACCUGGCGGUGAUGAAGCGGGCCAUGUGCGGGACGUCUGUCAGCCGGGUCUCUAUGAGCACGGGAAAACUGGGAGCCAGCGAGGCGGAGUCUGGCCACUCGGCCUCCAAGCUCUCCGCCUCCAAGGACCUCAGCAAAAGACGGCAGCACAGCUCCUCCACGCCAGGAGUGCGGAAGAAGCUGGAGCUUGGCAGUCCGGGGAAGAAGCUGACCAGGGAGGACAUUCUUGGAGAGCUGUUGGAUGAUGAGGUCAAGACCCAAAAUGAGCUGACCAGCAAGAUGCCUUCCACCCCACCACGAAUUCUUAACUUCAGCAUCAGCCUGUCCCCACUGAAGUGCACAAGUGAGCUCCCCAACGGUGUUCGGAUAGCCCCGCUGAAAACUGGCCAAGGCUCUACCAGCCACUCUGCACCCCCACUGCAAGACCAGGACUCCACCAGUGUGCGUCAGGUGUUAGAAAGCGGUCCUCCAAAGGCCCCGCGCAGAAAGAGGCCACCCCCCGGAAGAGCCGUGCAAGGGGGUCGAAGUGAAGCUAGGACUCCAUCCAACAGGAAAGACUCCUCUUCAUCCAUAAGAGAGCCCGCCUUGGCAGCUCUGCCAGAAGAGCAUGCGGAGGAGACGGCCGUGACACCGCGCUCCAAGAGGAAAUCUGCUCAGCUGGUCUCUGCGCGUAUCCGGAAACAGUUGAAGCUGAUAAACACUGGUCAGGGCCCAAGCUUGGAUGGUGAAGAUGACAGUGAUGAAGAUGACCAGUUUGUACCAUCAAAGAAGGAUCUGCAGAGUAGCAGUGAGGGGGAAGAGGAGGAGGAGAGUGAAGAUGAGAGCAUUGUUGUGAAGAGGAGGCGGAGCACUGCUGGGUCUCGCACACCGAGGUCCACACAGAAGAGCCGUACUCCAGCCAGGACCCCCAGUAAAACCCCACGCAAAACCCCCAGCAAAAAGGCUGCCCCCGGGACCCCACGGACACCCCGGACACCCCGGCAUGCUACUCCCAGCAUUCCUUGCCGAUCCCUCCCAGCCAGGAAACCAGGAAACGUGCUGGAGGAGGCCAGAGCGAGGCUUCACGUGUCGGCGGUGCCCGAGUCACUGCCGUGCCGAGAGCAGGAGUUCCAGGACAUCUACAGCUUCGUUGAGAGUAAGGUCAUCGAUGGCACUGGAGGGUGCAUGUACAUAUCUGGAGUUCCGGGCACUGGGAAGACGGCCACUGUGCACGAGGUGAUCCGCUGCCUGCAGCACGCCGCCGACCAGGACGAGAUUCCGUCCUUCCGCUUCAUCGAGAUCAACGGCAUGAAGAUGACUGACCCGCACCAAGCCUACGUCCAGAUACUGCAGAAACUGACUGACCAAAAAGCCACUGCAGACCAUGCUGCUGCCCUGCUGGAGAAACGCUUCAGUAACCCAGCCCCCAAGAAAGAAACCACAGUGCUGCUGGUGGAUGAGCUGGACCUCUUGUGGACCAGGAAGCAGAAUGUGAUGUACAACCUCUUCGACUGGCCAACGCGACGCCACGCCCGCCUGGCCGUCCUGGCCAUCGCCAACACCAUGGACCUCCCAGAGAGAAUAAUGAUAAACCGUGUAGCUAGUCGACUGGGCCUGACCCGGAUGUCCUUCCAGCCGUACAGCUUCAAACAGCUGCAGCAGAUCAUUACCUCCCGGCUGAACCGGGUCAAGGCUUUUGAGGAGGACGCGCUCCAGCUGGUGUCCAGGAAGGUGGCUGCGCUGUCGGGAGAUGCGCGGAGGUGUUUGGACAUCUGCAGGCGCGCCACAGAAAUCUGCGAGCUCUCCAGCGGUCAGCAGUCAGGCGCGGGAUUGGUGGGGAUGAGCCAUGUAAUGGAGGCGCUGGACGAGAUGUUCUCAUCUUCCUACGUUACUGCUAUAAGGUGUGCGUCGCUGCAAGAACAGCUCUUUCUGCGAGCCGUCAUUGCAGAAUUCCGCAGGUUGGGGUUGGAAGAGGCCACGUUUCAACAAGUGUUUGUGCAGCACCAGGCCCUGUGUCGGGUGGAGGGGCUCCAGCCCAUCAGCGUGUCGGAGGGCCUGGCAGUCUGUCAGCGUCUGGGAGCGUGCCGUCUCCUGCUGCUGGAGCCCAGCCGCCUGGACCUGCUGCUGCGGGUGAGGCUGAACGUCAGCCAGGACGACGUGCUGUACGCGCUCAAGGAGGACUGA